AUGGGCCUAAGCGAGACUCGUGCUUUUGUAACAUCUAUAUCAGAUAUGUACAGAAGUGCUAUACCUGAUUGGAACGCAAAAACAAAGCUAAAAGCCACAAUAUGGAAACAUAAUGAUGCUGUGAAACCAAAUGAGUAUGAAAAAACAGACACUGAUCUUCCAUCAUUGCCGAAUAUUGGUGUUACUUGA